UUCAGAAACGCAGAAUAAACCAGUAUAAUGUAAUCUCAGGUUGCGCGCAUUACUUACAGAGGUCCAGGUCAAGUUUGACUAGAUAGAGUAGAUUGUUUUGCGCUAUCAGUGUCCUCGUGAAGGCCUGGGGUCAGUGUCGGGCGCCGCCGGCGGCAGUGUGCGCCGCGACGUCUCCGAAUACGCACGUAGCGUUUGAUCCGGUGCGACACAAAACCUCACGACCACAACACAAACAUAGAUUCCGCCAUGUCGACGGUGUUGAACUGGUGCGUCAACGGACACGCCAAGCUGAACGGGGACUAUUGCGGGACCAACGGGACCGACGGGACUAACGGCUACGCGGAAGAUGCCGAGUGGGCCGGGCAGUUCCUGCCGCCGCCGCUGAGGCUGGGUGAUAGUGCUCGUGCCUUGAAGAUAGAGACAUGCCUGGCAGAGCUGAACCUGUGCGGCGCCACCCUGCGUCGCGUGGCCAACGUGUUCGAACGGGAGCUCAUGAGGGGACUAAAACAGCAGCCGUCGUCGUUACAGAUGGAAAACACAUACGUGCCCGAGCUGCCGGAUGGCACAGAGGAAGGCGUGUUCCUCGCGCUGGACCUGGGCGGCACCAACUUCAGAGUGCUGCUGGUGGAGCUGCGAGAUGGGCAGAUGGUGCGGGAGGACGUCAAGCAGUACCACAUCAGCGACGAACUCCGACUGGGUCCAGGCGAGGACUUGUUCAACUUCCUCGCUGACUGCGUGCAGGACUUUGUGCGCUCCGAGGGCAUGGAGGACCAGGAGAUGUCACUAGGUUUCACAUUCUCAUUCCCGAUGAAGCAACAUUCCAUCUCUUCCGGCGAGCUGAUCACCUGGACCAAGAGCUUCAAGUGCGGCGGCAUGGGCGGCGUGGACGUGGCGGCGCUGCUGCAGCGCUGCCUGCACGCGCGGCGGCUCAAGGUCACCGUGCGCGUGCUGCUCAACGACACCACCGGCACGCUGGUGGCCGGCGCGCAGCAGGACCGCCGCGUGGAGAUCGGCGUGAUAAUGGGCACGGGCUCCAACGGCUGUUACAUGGAGUCGGCGGCGGCGGUGACGCACUGGGAGGCGGCGCGGCGCGGGCGCGGCUCCGCCGUCUGCGUGGACAUCGAGUGGGGCGCGUUCGGGGACAACGGCUGUCUGGACUUCUUGAAGACGGACUUGGAUAGAGAGGUGGACGCGCGCUCGCUGCUAGCCGGCUCUUUCACAUUCGAGAAGUACAUUGGCGGCAAAUACCUCGGCGACUUGCUGCGGGCGGCCCUGGCCCGCCUGGCCGGCGCGGGGCUGCUGCCCGCCGCGCCGCCGCCCGGCACCAUCUCCUCGGAACACGUCAGCUUCUUUGAGGAGGACAAUGAGAACGGGUCAACGACGCGAACGCUGGCGGCGCUGCGCGCGGCGUGCCCCGACACGGCGGCGGCGUGGCGGGACGCCGACGCGCUCGUCGCGCAGCACGCCGCCAGGAUGUGCUCCAACCGCGCCGCGCAGCUCGUCUCCGUCUGCGUCGCUGUGUUAGUGCAGCGCAUGGCGCGGCCCCACGUGGUGGUGGCCGUGGACGGCUCCGUGUUCAAAAGACAUCCGAGGAUCCGAGGCCUCAUGGAGAAGUACAUCGCCUUGUUACAACCUUACGAGUUCUCUCUGAUGGGCGCCGAGGACGGCAGCGGCAAGGGCUCCGCGCUCACCGCCGCCAUCGCCGCGCGCAUCGCCGCGCAGGACAACUAGGCUUAUAAUACAAACCAAACUGACGACCGGGUCGUAAACCUUCUCUUUCACGCUUACGUGGCCAUGGCACGAGUGAUAUAGAUAGUGAUAUGACCUCGGUUUUGUUUUUGUUCGGAGCGGCGUGCGCAGCUAUCCCUAUAUGCCAGCGCCGGCCGCCAUCUUGGACAGAAGCCAAGAGCGCCAUGCGAGACUGAAACUUAGGCCUCGGUCUUCGGUUGACGUACGUUGCGUAUAUAUAUGCUAGGUACAUACCUACCUAUGGGAAGAUAGCUACUUUAUUUCAGUUUUAAAUCGUGACGCUGUGAGUACUGUAGUUAUGCAGCGUACACUGUCAACCGGCGACAAGGGUUGUAGCCCCCGGAAUGCACGACAUAGAUUUUUUAUAAUUAUUUAGAUGAAUUGGACAAUAUAUAUUAGAAUAGGCACUUUACACCUAAAUAGCGAGCAGCAUCCAACAGUGGCAUUGUAUUUCCAUAGAUUCUAAUGAAUCUCUCAAAUCAUUAUUGGAAGGAGGUAGGAGAGUGACCUUCUUUGUCCCUAACUUAAAAGUAAGAUACGCUAAAAGUUCCAAGGGCCUGGUUAUGGCUCAUUCUAACAAAAUUUUCUGUAGACAAGUACUUGAUUUCUUCUACAUUUUUUUGCGACUGACUUACCUUACUAUUAUAUUUAUCUAAAAAUUAUGUUGCUGUAAUGUAAGGGCGUUCUUAAGCGUAAACUUACGGAACCAAUGACCGUGAAAUGAAAAAUCGCCGUGGUAGACAGAUGAUAGAAAGAUAGAAUUAUCUUUAUUAGCACACCUCAGUAAAUUAUACCACUUAAAAAACAAA